AUGGACCUGAGCUUCACCGAAGAUUGGCUCAGCCGCUGGAAAGACGCAAGUCUCGAGUCCGACCGCGAGAAGAAGCUGGCUGAAAUCGCCGCCGAAGUGGAACAUUCCUUGGAGCCGGCAGGAAUCACUGCCAUCGAGGACAAACUGCAAGAAGGCGUGCCCGAAGCCAUCGUCUCCAUCAAGGCAGCAUCAAUCCGAUUCUGGGUUCUGACCGGGGACAAGACGGAAACGGCGGUGGAAAUUGCAAAAUCUUGUCGCCUCUUCACCCCAAGCAUGACUCUUGCUUAUUUGGUGAACUGCAGCAGCGAGCAGCAAGCAUUGAGCUUGCUGGAGGAAGCCAAGACAAAGUUGCAAGACUUGACUGAUGGAGGGCUCGUGAUCGAUGGUACCUUUGUUCAGCAGGUCCUGAGUUCUGCCAAUGGCCGGCCGAUGUUGUAUGAGCUUGCCAUGUCCAGCACAUGCUGCGUGUGCUGCCGUCUGUCUCCACAGCAGAAGCGCCGUUUGGUGGAGUUAGUGAAGGACAUGAACAAGACAGGAAUAACCUUGGCAGUUGGCGACGGGGCCAAUGAUGUGCCGAUGAUUCAGGGUGCCCAUGUCGGCAUAGGCAUCCGUGGCAAAGAAGGCAAUCAGGCCGUGCAGGCCAGUGAUGUGGCAAUUUCGCAGUUUCGCUUCCUUGUCCCGCUGUUGUACUGCCACGGCAGACGGGCAUACCGCCGUGUGGCUACAUUCAUCUGCUACAUGUUCUACAAGCACACCACUUUGGCUGUGGGCGACAUUUUCUACGCACAUCAGAUUGCGUUUGUGCCUCAGAUCGCCUAUGCCGAGUGGCUGAACUCAGCAUUUGCCUCCGUCAUCUGCGGCUUGCCGGUGCUCGUGGUGGUGAGUCUGGAUACAGACAUACCAGACGAGGUGUCUGUUGCAUCGCCGGACUUGUACAUUGAAGGGCUACAGCGAAUGCGCUUCAAUGGACCUUUGCUAGUGGCAUGGGUGUUGAGUGCCUUCUACCACGGUGGGGUGUCCUGGCUCAUUCCGAACUUGACUGUUGGAUCUGUGGACGAGGAUGGAUCGGAGUUCUGGUAUUCAUCAUGCAUUUCAUUCUGCCUGGUAGUGAUUUUCGUCAACUUCCGGUUGUGGAUGGUUGCCGAGAGUCCAUUCUCAAAACAGACGGUUGGGGCAGCGGCCUGA